CUCUCCUUACCAAUCGCAGAGCUCGCCGGACUGUCGCUCCUCUCGCGAGAUUAUCACAUUAGCUUGGUUAGUUAGCUAGCCGUGAAAAAACAGAUUGCCCAGCUGUAUUUUUACACUUUAUUCUUCUUAAAAGGCACUAGGAAGACCCUGCGCGUUUCUGCUGGGAUUGUGUUUGAAUAUCGCCCGUAGGAAAGGAUCAUCUCCGUGUGUUUGUACGGAUCCUAAUAAUGAGUUAUGCUGAAAAGCCAGAAGACAUCACGAAAGAAGAGUGGAUGGAAAAACUGAACAAUGUUCACAUACAGAGGGCGGACAUGAAUCGGCUCAUUAUGAAUUACCUGGUGACAGAGGGGUUCAAAGAAGCGGCGGAGAAGUUUCGUAUGGAGUCUGGCAUCGAGCCGAGUGUGGACCUGGACUCUCUGGAUGAGCGGAUAAAGAUCAGAGAGAUGAUCCUGAAGGGACAGAUCCAGGAAGCCAUCGCCCUCAUCAACAGCCUGCACCCCGAGCUGCUGGACACCAACCGCUACCUCUACUUCCACCUGCAGCAGCAGCAUCUGAUCGAGCUGAUCCGUCUGAGGGAGACGGAGUCGGCCCUGGAGUUCGCUCAGACUCAGCUGGCGGAGCAGGGCGAGGAGAGCAGGGAGUGUCUGACGGAGAUGGAGAGGACGUUAGCGCUGCUCGCCUUCGACAACCCCGAGGAGUCGCCCUUCGGAGACCUGCUCAACAUGAUGCAGCGGCAAAAGGUGUGGAGCGAGGUGAACCAGGCGGUGCUGGACUACGAGAACAGAGAGUCGACUCCCAAACUGGCGAAGCUGCUGAAGCUGCUGCUGUGGGCCCAGAACGAGCUGGACCAGAAGAAGGUCAAAUACCCCAAAAUGACAGACCUGAGCACGGGAACCAUCGAGGACCCCAAGUGAACCCCCCCCACCCUCUA